UCUUGUAUAAAUUAACUUCUUAGAAAAUGAAAAUGAUUAUCCGCAUUUUCUUCAUGAUCCUCUCCCUAGUUUCAUCCAUCUCUUCUGCCUCAGUUCAAGACUUUUGUAUAGCUGAUCCGAGCGGUCCUCAAAGCCCAUCAGGAUACUCUUGCAAGAACCCUGACCAGGUCACAGCAGAUGACUUCGCAUUCUCCGGUCUCGCUAAAUCCGGAAACACUUCAAACAUGAUUAAAGCCGCAGUGGCUACAGGCUUUGCCCCCGCUUUCGCGGGCGUCAAUGGCCUUGGAGUCUCAGUGGCUCGUCUUGACUUAGCCGAAGGUGGUGUGGUUCCUAUUCACAUUCAUUCUGGUGCGUCUGAAGUUCUUAUAGUUAUUGAAGGAACCAUCCGCGCAGGGAUUAUUUCAUCUGCUAAUAAAGUUUACUUGAAGACUCUCCAGAAAGGUGAGGUUAUAGUGUUUCCUCAAGGGCUUCUUCAUUUUGCGCUUAACGGUGGGACAGGUCCUGCCAUGGCCUUUGCUGCCUUCGGAAGCUCCAACCCUGGCGUCCAGCUUGUACCCAAUGCGCUGUUUGCAAGUGAUUUGCCUGCAGAACUCGUUGAAGCCACGAACUUCCUUAGCCAUGAAGAGGUUAAGAGGCUUAAGGGUGUGCUUGGAGGAACUAAUGAACCUUCUCUUUCGCUUUAUUGAUCUGCACCUUAAGAUUAACCGACACUCUUUGCUUGUUGUCCUCGAUGUUUAUUUCAUUCAUGUUCUUGCAAUCAUUAUUUUCCUAGUAAAAAAAGUUCUACAGAUCGAUCUCUUUUAUAUA